GGGUCGAAGGCUCUCGCGGAGAAGGCGGCGGCGGAUGCUGGACGGAGACCCAGAGGCCUAAAAUCUGCAGUCCUGUGGGUAGGUGCAUCUCCGAAAUCCUUCCGUGGGCGCGAAGAAGCGAUCGUGUGGUUCUCCAUUCUGGCCCGAGCCCGGCGAGGACAAGUGUCACGAAGCUUUCUUCAGUGAUUGUUCCUCCGCACCGAAGCAGGCGGUCGCGGAGGGUCUGGCAGCGGCUCAUAUACUGCAUCGCCUUUUCCCCGGUCUUCAUUUGUAUUGUUGUCAGUUGUUGCAUGAGUCUGCUUUGUAUGUCCUUGUCUGCUGCUGCUGGUCGAAGUGCGACAUGAAGCUGAAGAACCUUUCCAUAAGCUUGGGGUCCACGCUUGAAGAGGGAGAUGGAGUCACCAUCUCUGGGUCGAAGGCUCUCGCGGAGAAGGCGGCGGCGGAUGCUGGACGGAGACCCAGAGGCCUAAAAUCUGCAGUCCUGUGGGUGUGUGUCGAGGGGAAUUUUCAUUCCCGGAAUAAGCUGCUUCGUCACCGUCUUCUGGGUCAGGUGCGGUGAUGCGUUGUUGGGAAGCGAUGACGAGGACAGCAGGUUGUGCAGGUGAACUGCAUGUGUUAUCGCGUCUGGCCACAGUGUGGUGGGCAGCCUCAUUCCCAGAAGCAGUUUUCGCAUCGUCGUCUGCAAGGUCCGGUUCAUGCGUUCUGCGACCCCCUGCUGCUGAAGCGAUCGUGUGGUUCUCCAUUCUGGCCCGAGCCCGGCGAGGACAAGUGUCACGAAGCUUUCUUCAGUGAUUGUUCCUCCGCACCGAAGCAGGCGGUCGCGGAGGGUCUGGCAGCGGCUCAUAUACUGCAUCGCCUUUUCCCCGGUCUUCAUUUGUAUUGUUGUCAGUUGUUGCAUGAGUCUGCUUUG